GCCGCCUCCCUCCUCCGCCCGCCCUGCCGCGCUCCCUCCAUCCCGGGAGCCCCGCGGAGCCCCGCGAUGCUCCGCUGCCGCCUGCCCCUGCUCGGGCCCUGGCUGCUGCUGCAGACCGUGUGUGCUGGGGGCCAUAUCACCAAGACCCUGGGGUACCUGGAACUGGGCACCUCUGGCCUCCUCAAGGAUGUCCCAUACGGCUCCCUGAAGCCCCCGGUGCUCAACCCAGGGCGGCUGAUUCCAGCUGAGCCCCCCCGGGGUGUGGGGACACCCUCGGGCGCUGUGCGGAGCCCCUGGGACUGGCAGAAGAACCAGACAGCCGGGGAGCUGCCGAGCCCCCGUGCCCGGCGCAAGCCCUCACUCAAGUCCGGCCGCACCAAGAAGAUCUUCGGCUGGGGCGACUUCUACUUCAACAUCAAGACACUGAAGUUCAGCCUGCUGGUGACCGGGAAGAUCGUUGACCACAUCAAUGGGACCUUCAGCGUCUACUUUCGCCACAACUCCUCCAGCCUCGGCAACGUCUCGGUCAGUAUUGUGCCCCCCUCCAAGGCAGUGGGCUUUGAGGUGCUGGUGCCAGCCCCUCCACCACUCCCUCGCCCACCCCCCCAGCAGAGCACCCUGCCUGAGGGGCGCCCGGCCAAGGCCCUCAACUGCCACGUGGAGUAUGAGAAGACCAACCGAGCGCGGAAAAACAAGCCCUGCCUGUACGACCCCUCCAAGGUGUGCUUCACCGAGCACACGCAGAGCCAUGCCGCCUGGCUCUGCGCUAAGCCCUUCAAGGUCAUUUGCAUCUUCAUCUCCUUCCUCAGCAUCGACUACAAGCUGGUCCAGAAGGUCUGCCCUGACUACAACUUCCAGCACGACAACCCCUACUUUGGCUGAUGGCUGUGGGAAGGGGCGGUGGGCACUGGAUAUAGAGGCAGAUGCGGGGCUGGGGGCUCCUGCAGCCUGUCCUGGCUCCACAGUGCCCCCCAUCACCCCUGCACCAGCCCCCCUUCAUCACUGCAGCACCUCCCUGGGCCAGGGACAGCCUGCCCGGGGCACAGCCAGCACCGGGGGGCCCGGUCCCAACAGCUCACUUGCAGCUGGGCAGGGGGUGCAGGUGCAGACCCCGGCCCCCCACCCCACUCCAGGGGCUGGGCUGGGGUCCCCAGGAGUGCAUGGGUGAGUCGGUGGGUGCUGCCGAACGCGAUGGCAUUGGCUGGGCACGUGUCACUGCCGGGGUGGGCGCAGGUGCAGCAGUAAAGGUGUGGGGGGGGUUGCCGUGUGCUGGCCAGUCACAGUGGUGGGAGGACCCCCAGCUUCACCCUGUUCGCUGGGGGGGGGGGGCUUUUGUCUUUCUGCAGCCGUGGGAGGUGUGCGUGCAUGUGUGUGUGGACACAUGUGCACAUACCAGUCUGUGCAUGUGCGAGGGCACCUGUCCAGGUAUUUUGGAGCCUUCCCCCCCGGCCCCCCCCCCCCCCGGCCCCUCCCAGGCUGCGGCAGCGUUGAGGCACCAAAGCAAGCCCCUGGUGCCCCACGGAGCACCCCCACCCCCCCCCCCACGCUGGGGAGGACCCUGCCCAGAUUCGCCGCCCCUCACCCAGAUUUGCAGCCCCCCCGGCUGCUGCCUGCCCCCCACCGCCAUGCCGUGAAGAAGUGUCAUGCCAGGGGCAGGGACCUGGGGGUCCCUGUCCCCGAGCCGGCAGGACCCUUGCUGGGGGCUACCCUCACCCCGGCUCUGGGCAGGGACUUCUUCAUAUUUUUUUAAGAAAAUAAAAAUGUAAAAAAAGUGGAAAAUAAA